AUGAACACCAUCUACCCGCUGGCAGUGCCCAAGGGGCGCCGGCUCUGCUGCGAGGUGUGCGAAGCCCCGGCCGAGCUGGUGUGCAAGGCCUGCAUGGUCACUUACUACUGUGGCCCGGUUCAUCAGCAAGCUGACUGGAACAGUAUCCACGAGAAGAUAUGUCAGCUCUUGAUCCCACUGCGCACUUCCAUGCCCUUCUACAAUUCAGAGGAAGAGCGGCAGCACGGGCUGCAGCAGCAGAGGCAGCGGCAGAUGCAUUUGAUUGAAUUUUGCUACACCAUCGCCCAGAAAUACAUCUUUGAAGGAAAAUAUGCAAAUGCUGUGCCAGCAGCCUUGCAUUCUCUUCGCUUCCGAAGAAAUUUGUAUGGUCUGAGUUCCGUAGAGCUUGUGCCUGCUUAUUUGCUGUUGUCUGAGGCUAGUCUUGGUAUGGGCCAUACUGUACAAGCUGAAGAAUAUCUAUCCCAAGCUCAGUGGACAGUUCUUAAAUCAACUGACUGCUCUUGUGCCACCCACUCUUUGCUGCAUCGGAACCUGGGCCUUCUCUAUAUAGCUAAAGAAAACUAUGAUGAAGCACGUUAUCAUCUGGCCAAUGAUAUUUAUUAUGCCAGUUGUGCAUUUGGAACAGAGGAUAUCAGGACUUCAGGGGGCUACUUCCACCUGGCUAGAAUCUUCUAUUUCCUUGAAAAGUGGAAACUGGCAGAUACAUUAUAUACCAAGGUCACCGAGAUCUGGAACAAAUAUUUAUAUGAUCACUACCAAGUUCUUGCACAAGCUCGUAACCAACAGAUAGAUUUGCUGGGAAAACUGCUUGAGACUGACACUGGCUUGGAUGAAGCCCAGGAAGCUGAAGCUGUUAGGAUCCUGACUACAAUCUUGGGCAUCCGAGAACUUGAAACAGACAGAGAACCCAAAAAAACAGUUUUUGUUCUGAAAACCUUGAUCAUGCUUUUCUUCCUGAUGAAUUCUUCAAAUGCACGAGAUUAUGCCAACAGAGCCUUAUUUAUAGCCAAAGAGCGAAACUUCAACGUACAAGAACAGAGGGACCUUCAAGACUUACUAGAUCUCGUCUCAAUGGAAUAA